GUGGUGUUCUGCCUCGAGACAACCUCGGGACAAACACACCACAGAUCUCUGAUAUUUGGCCGCUACGCAGAUUAGGCAUUUGGCUCCGAGCGCUUUUUUUUUUUUACAAGUGAGAGAUAAUGUCGCUCCGCUACAACAAUAAAGUAACAGUUGUCACGGGAGGAUCUAGAGGAAUUGGCAGAGGCAUCGUCAGAGUGUUUGUGGAGAAUGGUGCCAAGGUGGUGUUUUGUGCUUUAGAACGUGAGGAGGGCGUGACCUUGGAGGCGGAGCUAAACAAAGCAGGGCCUGGUUCCUGCGUGUUUGUACCAUGCGAUGUCUCCAAAGAGGACGACAUAAAGAGACUGAUUGAGUCCACAGUGGAGCAUUAUGGGCAAAUCGACUGCCUCGUCAACAAUGCUGGAUGGCACCCGCCUCAUAAAACCACUGAUGACACCACAGCAGAGGAGUUCAGAGACUUGCUGAAUCUAAACCUCAUCGGCUACUUCUUGGCGUCUAAGUAUGCAUUGCCGUACCUGCGGGAGCGUCAGGGUAACAUCAUCAAUGUGGCCAGUCUGGUGGCAACCAUCGGGCAGAUGGAUGCUGUGCCGUACGUCGCCACCAAGGGGGCGAUAAUCUCCAUGACAAAGGCGAUGGCCGUGGAUGAGAGUCGCCACAAUGUGAGAGUAAACUGCUUCUCUCCAGGUAACGUGCUGACACCUCUGUGGGAGGAGUUAGCAGGACAGACUCCAGACGCUGCAGCCACCAUUAAAGCAGGAGAGAACUCUCAGCUGAUGGGUCGUAUGGGGACUGAGGUCGAACUUGGACUGACGGCCUUGUAUCUCGCCGCGGAUGCUACGUUUUGUACUGGGAUAGAGAUGCUGGUCAGCGGAGGAGCUGAACUCAACUAUGGCUGCAAGAGUCAGAUCCCAAACUGACUCUGGUCCUCCUGGUCGCUACGGCCUCCUUACGCUUCUGGAGGAGCUACUGUCAGUAUUUCAAUGUUUUAGCUAUAUUCUGUGUCUGACUAAACUCUAAAUAAAUAAAGAUAGAAGCAUUUCAAAUUAUAGCUGUACUCUUAACAAUAAUGAUAGAAGCAGUUUGAUCCAGAUAAGGCCUUCACGCAAAUGAUUAAUAAUAACCUUUUCCUUCCUACUGUUUAAUCUUGAAAUUAGAAUGUGUGAGCUCCAGAAUGUGUUUCGUUGUUUUGGUUAAAUUGUUUUGAAUGUCUGUACAAACAGAACAUUAUUUUGAUAUAGCAAGAAAACAAUAAUCUUUUCUCCAAUUGUCAACACCGUUGGCCCACAUGCCAUCAUCUGUGUCAAGGCUGGUCAAGAGAUGAACAUUUUGAGACUUGUCACUUCCUUAUUCCAAAGCCAAGAAGGAGGGACUACGCCUGCACACUUUCGAGGAGGAAGAACCAAGAUCUACUGUUAUAAAAUAGACAGGCGCCGGGUGUUUGAUGCGUUCUGAUGGGUCUCGUGUUCUGAUGCAACUUGUUGGAUGCCCAUUGCUUUGCUGAUUGUUACCUUUCAUGCUUUCUAAAUAAAUACUUGAUUGAACAAACCGA